UUCUACUGCGACCACAGGAAGACACACACAUUCACGCACAAACACUCUGAGACGUACACUCAGCCAGUCUGUAGCAGCCUGAGGGACGGACACAGAAAACACAGCUACACCAGACUUUGCGGCCACAGAAGCUCUGAACAACACCACAGAUGGGGCCUGGAUUGUUUUGGAACUUCCCUCCCAAGGCUGGCUGCACGGUUCCACAAAGCCUCCUGCAGACCAUGUUGCUGUCCAGGAUGGCGGGGAUGAAGGAGCAGCAGUUCACGGAGGAGAAGCCCCUGCUGCCGGAGCAGAGAGGAGUGGACUCAGACAUGCAGGAUAAAGGAGAGGAGGCAUCAGGGGGGCUCCAGGGCCCCACCGCCCCCGCGCCUCUUAACAACCCCCCUCCCCCCAGUCGCUCCACUCACCGCUGGCAUGUCUUCGCACGGCACUGGCUCCGCCAGACCCGCCGUCGGACCAGCGGGGUCCUCCCGGAUAGCUGUGAACAGCUGAUGCCACCAGGUGACUGGAAGGAACAUGAUGUUGAGACCCCUUAUGGGAUGCUGCAUGUGGUGAUCCGAGGGGCGCCCAAGGGAAACAAGCCCGCUAUCCUCACCUACCACGAUGUGGGACUGAACCACAAGCUGUGCUUCAACACUUUCUUCAGUAAUGAAGACAUGCAGGAGAUCACCAAGCAUUUUGUGGUGUGCCACGUCGAUGCCCCGGGACAGCAGACUGGAGCAUCACAGUUCCCACAAGGGUACCAGUACCCCACCAUGGACCAGCUGGCUGGCAUGCUGCCCACUGUUGUGGAGCACUUUGGAUUCAAGAGCAUCGUUGGAAUCGGUGUUGGAGCUGGAGCUUAUAUUCUGGCCAAAUUUGCUCUGAUCUUCCCUGAGCUGGUAGAGGGUUUGGUUCUGCUCAACAUCGACCCCAAUGGCAAGGGAUGGAUUGACUGGGCUGCUACCAAGCUGUCAGGUCUGACCAGCGCUCUGCCGGAUACGGUGCUGCCACAUCUUUUCAGCCAGGAGGAGCUGGUGAGCAACACAGAGCUGGUGCAGAGCUACAGGCAGCAGAUCAACAACAACAUCAACCACUUCAACCUGCAGCUUUUCUGGAACAUGUACAACAGUCGGAGGGACUUGGAGAUGAACCGCAGUGGGACAGUGCUUAACGCCAAGACCCUGAAGUGUCCUGUGAUGUUGGUUGUUGGAGACAAUGCGCCUGCAGAGGAAGGAGUGGUCGAGUGUAACUCCAAACUGGACCCGACCAACACCACCUUCCUGAAGAUGGCUGACUCUGGUGGACUGCCCCAGCUCACACAGCCCGGCAAACUGACAGAAGCCUUCAAGUAUUUCCUGCAGGGGAUGGGCUACAUCGCUAAUGUGAAGGAUCGGAGGUUGAGUGGAGGGCCAGUGCCCUCAGCCAGUAUGACCCGCCUAGCUCGCUCCAGGACGGCUUCCCUGACCAGCGGUGGCUCCGUGGAGGGAUCCCGCUCACGAGCCUGCACCCACUCGGACAGCACUGAGGGAGUCGGCGCAGUCACCCAUACCAUGGAGGUGUCCUGCUGAGAAACCACAGGAAGAAAGAGGGAGGGAGGAAGUAGAGGGAUGGAGAGAGAAACAGUGAGGCGGGCUGUGCAAACAAGAGGUGGAAUUGAAGGUGUGAGAGAGGUAGUCAGGCUUGAUGGACAGGGAUAGUAAUAUUUGAAGACAGCUCUCUUUGUCUUCAUCUACGUCCUCCUUAUCCCUGUGUCUGCCAUUUUCUUCCCUCCUCCACUGUAAAAUUCCAUAUGUAACGCUACUUUAACACCCUAAACACAUUUAAAUAUCCACCUCAAUUUCCUUUCUCCCACCACUCAAUGAUUUAGCAUUUACUCUUGAAGUGUCAUUCUUGUGUUUGCUGAGUGUGGCCUCAUUCUUUGCGUGCACCCUUUCUAACCUCCCACCCCCCAAAAACACAAAACAGUAAUUCUGUCAACAGUCCAUACAGAAAUAUGCUGUAAAGAGCUAGUGAUGAAAUCUGAUACGAGCUGGUAAAAGUGCAGGCCAUAGCAAUGAGAGCCAGACCGUUCUCACUCCCGAGGCGUAACAUCCCAACGUUUUGUCACGUCCCGCGGCGUUCCUGAGGAACGCCAAAGGUGACCUUCCGCGUUCUUAUGGUACGCGGCGGGUUAUGGCAGAAAUCCAGUGGAAUGACGGUCCCGCGGUAAUAGACGUUCCAGCCCUGUAUUCCAGCCCUAAACCUAACCUUCUCCCUAACCCUAACCAUAACCUUGUUCCUAAGCUUAACCAGUGUUAAAUAGUGUUUUCCCAAGCGAUUUGAAGGAGAAGAGUAAACAUGUGUAGAUUGAGUCCAAACGGUUGUCAUAGGUCCUCAGUUUUCCGAUGUCGUCAUGUAGGAACGUGUUGGGUGCCCGAAAACGUAAUAUGUUGACGAUUUGUCACCUAGCGUAAAAUGUUACUGUUUGGGAUGAGAACGUGUUGUGAGAGCAGUACUUUUAUGGGGUGUUUUCUGUUUUUAUGUGACAGAUUGUGAGCAUCUCUCUCUGUGAAGUUUGAGAAUCAUGCGGGUGGGGGGGGUGUCCAGAAUUAGGCAGACGGCAGAACACAGCAUGUCAUAGCUGAGUGCACCUGUAGCGCUAGAGAGGAUUUGUAAGCAUAGUUAGAGCUCACAACGUUGCUAUAAAGCUGCACUUGGUAAGACCUUAUUUCAAAUGGGUGAACUAUAACUAGAUUGAAACAGUGUGAUAUUGUCAGUAUAUGCUUCAACUUAUCUCCAUUGAUGCAUUUACAUUAAAAUAUUAAUAGUCCAGGUUUAUAACAGCUCAAACUUUGAAAUAAUAAGCUAUUUUUCAGGCUGUCUGUGCUUCUGCAUGUGUAGUAUCUGAGACAUAUUCUGAGGCUCAUUACCUCAAAACAGGAAAUUACACGCGGGCCGCCAGUCACAAGCGCACCAAAACCAAGCCACUACACCACCAGGGAGCUUUAUCAGUUUAUCUGCUUUACCUUCUUCUUUUUGCCACAAUAAUAUUUACAUUAACGUCUUUGAGUCAUCUUGAUUUUGCGUGAGAAGACAAUCUGGAGCUGUUUGGUAUCAAAUGAGCCAAAAAUUAUUUAAAAACAUCAAAUCCAACGUAGCCAAUGUAGCAGCAAAGUUGUUAUGAAGCACUUGAAAAACACCUUCUGUGAAAUCAAGUGAGCCUGAAACUAUUAAUAUCUUACACUGCAAAGCAUGUAGAUGCUUAAUAAAGACGGUGGAAAAUGCACCCAUACGAGCAAAAUACUUAUAUAUAGUUUGCAAAGUGAGGAAUAUUAAUGUAGCUAUAUGAGCUUGAAGUGCAGAUUAACCUGUUUGUGUUAACGAGGAACUUGUCAGAAAGCUAGAAUUUCAAUUUCAAUUGCAUUUAAAAAAUCGUUUAUUCACAGAAAGCCCCUUUACAUUCCCAUCAUGAGCAGGGCCGGCACAGGAACAUGAUGUUACAAUGCAUCAGCUCCAAAAUUUCGCUUGGAGCUAAAUUAGCGUAAUACACCAGAGUGCAGCUUUAAGCCGCGUGUCAUCUCACAUUUCUCAGACAAUCCACUGCAUAAUACUAGAAUAGAAGAAGUAUUUAUUAACAUGUAUAUGCAUGUCAAUGUGAAAGUAAUCUUAGGGCAUUCUAGUAUGUAAUUAGUUUCUAGUAUUAGGGCAUUCUUCAUUAGCACCUUACUUGUGGCUAGUUAAAUAGAGCCAUGGAUGCAAACACCUUCAUUAGCCUGCAGCUGUAGUGCAUGGAUGUGGUUCUCGCCAUAGGCAGCUCUUUGUGGUCUCUUAAGAUGACAAUCACAGCCUGACUCAAACCAAACUUGACCAGGGAGGGGAGCUGAGGCAGGACCAGGCCAGCCCGACAACCUCUCGCUUCUGGGUCGACGUCACAGAAACUUGCCUUCCGUUACAGCAUCCAGCCCCUCUUUGUGGAUAUACCAAAGCUACCCACCCACACAAACACACACACACACAUUUUCGCACAUCUACUGAAGUGAAAGCUGCGUGGGCUGGAUUUUGUAAUGGAAAAAAAGGAAUACACAAAAUUCACAUGCAAGAUGGAAUCCAUUGCUAUGUGGUUAGUGGGUGUUUUGAUGUGCCGUGAAGCCACGAUCUCACUGGUGUAGUGCAACAUAGUGAGUAUAUAUGUGUAGUUUUAGACUAGUGCAACUGUGUGCUGCAAUCUGCUGUAAUCCUGGAUCACCUUAAUAGUGAUCAGGGAUGGGCUCCCUUGGAUUUUAGCUCAUUAAUGUACAGUAUUCAUGUACCAUAGUCACCUUCGUCUGCUUUCAGUUUUACAGGAAAACCCUUUGGUCCCCUGUCAGAAGGGGCGUAGCUACCAAUUGCUGAGGUGUGCACUUCCCUGAGGCAGCCUGUAAGGGGCGGGGCUUUUUUGGCGCCAUUUGGGCUCCAAGCUCGGAAUGUAGGGUAACCCCCAGCCACUUAAAAAAACAAAAAACAAAACCCCUCCCUCUAAAAAAAAUAAAACAAAAAAUAAAACAAAAAAAAAA